UUGCGGGCAAUCAACAGAAACCCGUCGCCAGUGGACGGCGUUUCCGAUUGGAUUAGAAUUGCGCGUCGCCGUUUUGAUUGGUCGUCGUGCUGCCUAUUCAGAAUCAGGCCUGGUGCACGCCGCAUUUGGAUUGGAUGACAGGUCGCGGUUGCCUCUCGCCACAGAGCGCUGAAGAAACUCGCGAGCCACCAUGGCCGGGAAGCGGAGGGAGGAGGUGCUGCUGCAGCAGGUGAACCAGCUGUGGAGCACUCUGGACGAGAUGUCCGAGACCAACCCCGAGGACUAUCGUCGGUUCAUCCGGCAGCAGCUGGGAGAGGGGGUGAAGCAGCUGGCUGCCCCGGUGCCCCACAGCUGCUUUCAGACCCGGAUAACGGAGCCGGGCGAAAGGCUGCUGUACGUCAACCUCUGCGGCUGGGCGCGGCUCCCUGCCCCAAAGUCCGACUCCGAGCCGGUGCCUCUGGCUGGGGGGACGUUGGAGACGGCCGACGGCACAGACAGCUCCUCUGUCACUGACGUUGCGUACAGCCCCGAGGUGCUCCGGAAAGCAAGCGAGGACCCGGUGGAAAGAGACCAGCUGGUCCGGCUGGCGAUGAAGUACGUCGAAGAGCAGCACCGCCUGCACCUGACGGGCUCGUACCGGCUGCUGCCGGGGAAACUGCACGGCAGCGUCGAGCGGCUGAGGCGGCGGCUGACCGGGCGAUGGGGGCCGGAGCGGGAGGCGGAGGCCCCUCCAAUCCGGCUGCCCGGUGACGCCGGGCUCCCCAGCAAGCCCGGGCUGAUCCAGGAGAUCUCCAGCACGGAAUUCGAGCCCGGCGACGGAGUGCGGACCCCGGCCUACGACAUGUCGACCGUUAAAGACGAGAACGGGGGCGCACGGUCGCUGCAGUUGAAGGUGCAGCUGCCCGGGGUUUCUUCGGUUGAGGAAUGUGACCUCAGUGUCUCAGAGGCGCAAGCUCCCCCACCAGUCGCCACCGACUGAGGACGUAACGACACACGUUAAGCACGACAAUCUUGCUGACGGAAUUCAGCUCCCCGAUUCUGUGAACUGCUUCCCUUUGCCGCAGAUUAAAAGCAAACUGUGUUCGGAACCUGUUUUUUUUUCUUCUUUAAACGGGUUUAACGCAGACUGAAUUUUUUUUAUUCAUAGCCGAAACGUUCCUUUACUGAAACAUGGCUGAUUUGAGAUUUUUUUUUCUUUACGGUACCGAUCUUCUGCACCCAAAGCAGCGGAGCUGUGAGGCUCUCUCACUCACGCAGCCUCCCACAGUAAAUACAGGGGACAGAAGCGUAACGUGGGGCACAGAGAGAGAGAAAGAUGCCUGGCCCGCUUCCUUCGCAGCCAAACACAACCUCAAGGACAGUUACUGAACACAGGCUUGCGACUAUAAAUUAUAACCCCUAACCCUACACCCCAACCAAACACUAUUGCACCCCCACAGGCAAGAUACAUUUACACAGACAGGCAGAGGCAAGGACAUCAAGUCUGAUUCGAGAAUGGAGAUUUGGUUUAAUUAAUGAAGUCCAGAAUUCCUUCACACAGCUCGCAAUUUGAGAAUGACGAUGCAAAGGUCUCUCGCUCGGACACACACACACACACACACACACAGACUCUGCAGAUGCACAUCGGGGACGUAAAACUCGAUGAUAUGUCCAUAUACAAACGUGAAUAAUGUACAGUAUUCUACAUUGGGCUUCCUUGUACAUCUCUGACCUGCGCACCCUCCCCCUUCCCCUCCAUCUUCUCGGAAGCAAUCGGGCAAAAGAUACUGGAGUAUCAAGGUAAAAACACACAAAAAAAAUUAAUUCAGGCGCACACACUGAGGGUAGGGAUUAUCAGACAGGAGCGGGGCCGUCGUGUGGCACCAUUGUUGCUUUUAUAGCGAUCUGGUCCCUCCCGUUACAGAAAGACGAUGGCAUAAUCUGAAGCUCCAGGCUAAGAACGGUCCCCUUUGUUCCCAGUCCUGGUUCAGCGUGCUGACUGCAGUGUCUGCACACAAAACAGAACCUGGACAAAGCAGAUCUGUUUCUGGUGAGAGUAUUUAACAAAAAAAAUAAAUACACACACACACACAGGUGUCCCCCGUUUUUCGAACGUUCGCUUUACGUUGAUUCGCUAUUACGAAAGACCUACAUCAGUUACCUGUUUUCGCUAACAGAAGGUGUUUUCACUGUUAGAAAAAAAGGCGGCCAAGUUCCUCCCCCUGGAACUGCAUUCCAGCCGGCAUCGCUUAAACACGUGCCUGUGAACAUCUGUGCUUUCUGUCGAUUUAUUUUUGCGCCUCUGUUAGCAAGGUGGGUACUCAGGUGUCAGAAAAGCCUAAAAGAGCGCGCCAGGGUGGUUACACCUAGCGUAAAACUAGACACAACUCAGCCCUUCGAUCGUGGUGAACCAAGUAAGGGCA